CCUAUGUACGAGCCUACCCUAAACGCAGCUUCGCAUUUCCCAGACUACAGGCAGGACUCGGUUGGCCGGCUAGCUGCUUUCAGUGACACAACAUUAUCGCGCAUUAUGGCUAAUACUGUACUGUAAACGUGACUUUAUCUCAGGUUAUUCACAAACCAUUCAAACCAUGUUUGUCUCGUGAUGGCUCCUUACUGUUUUGAAACGUGUAACGCGUCGUCCUUCGGCUUUUCUUCCAAUUUUAAGGAGGUGAAGUCUGUCACUUUAUGUCCAACCUGCGCUGUCGGAAGUCCCGCCCUCCCAACCAAUCACAUCAGAGGAUAAAUACACCGGCUCUUUCGAGCCCAGUGCCGCUGACCACGCCGUCCAGAGGAUGUCCCACCUGUAAACCAAAGUCCACACAGACUCAGCCAUCUGUUGAUUUAAACGCCACCUCUCUGGCCGUUGGAGAACCAUGUGGGGUCUACACUCUGAGCUGUGCCCAUGGUCUUCGUUGUGCACCUCCAGAGGAUGAGCCGAGGCCCCUCCGUGCCCUGCUGGAAGGCAGGGGGGUCUGCAUUAAUGCCAGCAACAUCAGCCUGACCGACAAUAGUCACACUGUAGACCCAGCACCUACUGAGGAUCCAGAUGAGGCCCCGUGUCGCAAACUGCUGACUACACUUAUCACAGGUCUUGAUGCCCAUUUAUUUAACUCAAAUCAGGAUAUCUACAUGCCCAACUGUGACAAACGUGGCUUCUUCAGAAAAAAACAGUGUUGGUCGUCUCGAGGUAAGCAGCGGGGCAAGUGCUGGUGUGUGGAUCGGAACGGCAUGCCAGUCUCCUCAAACACUAAACAGAGGGGCGGCCUGAGUUGUUAGAAUGGGUUCAGCCUGGGCUGGAGAAGAGGAGGCUGAAGCUUCAUUUGCCCAUAUGAGAAAAAGAUGAAGGAACACCACACAGAGUCUAAAGGAGCCAAACACAGUCUCACAUCUCCAGCAGCCAGCAGCUCUCUACCAAUGAGAAGCUGCUUCGAAAUCCGGUGUAACUUUGUCUCCUUGCGCCCUCUACUGAACAUAUUAGGACUGUAUUAAUUAGAUGUUCCUUCCACAUCUACUAUAUUAGAUGGAGAAGUAUAGUGUAUCAAAUUUAUAUCAACAUGUGGAAUGAUCCGGGCCAAGUGUCACAUUGUAGUAGGAGACUUUGUUGAGGCAAUCUGUAGUUACCUGAACGGUCUCUUACCCACUAAAUUAACUCCGCACCUACAGUAUGGGAUUCACAUAUUCAGGUUGUUCAAGUUUCAACAGUCUGACUCCAUUUGUUUCAGGAACAGUAUGAUUUGGACCAAUGUAUCAUAUUUAUACGUAUAUUUUCAGUAUUUUUUUAACUUUGAAACCACUGUAACUGUGUUACUGUAAUUGCUGUACAUAAUCUCUAGAUGUAAUCCUAUUUAUGUUACUUUGAAUAUGAUAUUCUAUUUAUGUUAAUGUUGCUGGCAAUUUGAAUAAGUAAUUUAUCAGUGGUUGCCCAUGAGAGCAGACGCCAGAGGUAUUAUUUGAAAAGCCUGAUCAUCUAAUGCAGAAUUAGAUGGGGGCAUUAUUAGUAUGUGUUUCUUUUUUUGGCAUUUGUCAAGAAAAUAUGCCUCUUGAUCAGUAAGUGGACGUGUGUUUAACUGACGGGCAGUAUUGUAACAUGUCUACGAGAGAAAUUGGAUGGAUAAUGGUUGGAUGCUUUUUGGAGUUUAUACAUUUAAAGAACAUUUUGCUACCUUUUUAAAAAAUAAAAAUGACUUUGCUCAAGAUUUAAAUCCAAAUAGACCAUAAAGCAACAUCAAAGAAGAAGAAGAAGAAGAAGAAGAAGAAGAAGAAGAAGAAGAAGAAGAAGAAGAAGAAGAAGAAGAAGAAGAAGAAGAAGAAGGCACAACUUUUAAGACUUCUGUGGAGCAGCAUCUCACCUACUCGUGUUUAUUGUGAAUCAUUGCAGGGUCGGAGAGUACAACAUCACAUGUAACACAAGUACAGAAUUAUGACUACAGCAUAGAAAGCCUAAAACUAUUAACUAACGUGAGACCCUUUAUAUGUGUCAUAUGAACACACGUUUUUUUUAAGUACCUAUGCUUCUUUUCACAAAAUCUAACAGAAAGAAGAUUAAAGGUGUGUUGAGAUCUCACAACACAACAGAUAAGAAAAAUACAAUAGUGUCCAUAAAAGCCUUGUAAUAAAUACUAUAUUACUUAAAAUGUC